AUGUAUCGGGCACAAUGGGAAGGGAAGUUGGCCAUAAACAAGCACGGCGACCAGCCGACGGAAGGCUAUCUUCCGCUUGUUGAAAUUAUAUAUAGGCUUCCACAUUCUCUUAUUUUUAACCCAUACACAAAGGCCCAACAUAUUUACCCAAGGCGCCGUACAAAACAUGACCCCCGCCCCAUGAAUUCUUUUAUGAUAUUGACACGUGUGGUGCGUAUUGUUGCCUCGGAUCCUCGCAGAAAUAUUGACCUUGGUGAUGGGCAGUCUUGUACAAGAAUUUGCCAGCUAAUCCGUUGGGGAGCUAACAAAAGAGAAUGGCAGAUAUUUCUGAAUUUGCAAGAGGAGUUUAAAAAAAUCCAUUCGUUUUUCUUUCCUAAGUACGAUUACCGUCCCAAGAAGAAUAUAACUACUCAAAAUACAAACGAUUUUAUCAUCAUGAACUCUGAUAAUUAUGAUGAGUUCACUCAAUCGCAGCAACGGAAAAGAUCCAACAGGAGAAAGCAAAAUCAUUUAUCGGGAGUUCUGCUCUAUCCCAGUCCCGCUAUUAGCCCUAUCUCAUCACCCGUCGCUUCCAUCAUCUUACCAAUUUUGGAUGACCCACUUUUUGACUACGGGGCACACAUGACUCAUGAUAAAUUGACCUCGAACAUGGUCUCAACAAUCCCUGCUACCCAAGCGGAAAUUAACUUUCACCAUUCCUUAAUAAUUCACCCAAAGACUGUAGAUCGUGUUUUAUCGUGUCCUAUAUUUCCCUGGGAACCUUCAAUUGCAGUCAACUGCAAUCAUUGA